ACCUAAUAACAAAUAACAAUUAACAGUUUACAGUGCAGUUUUCAGUUGUCACUUGUCUCGUCAGACACUCGGGCCCAGUGCCAUACAGGCAUACACAUUUUGUUUAAAUAUUCGCAUUUUGCAAUUAUACUGUUGUAGAUUUGUGAACAUGUCUUCGACUGUUUGGGAUGCGUGCUGGGACAAGUGAUCCAGGCCGUGAACUCGAAGACAUGACGUCCAACGAUUCCGGCGUGGAGAGCAGCACGGACAACGACGAUUGUGCCCAGCCAAAGUUCAACAAAAGGCUUGUAUCGUCUGCUGAGAUGUCCCUAGUUCCGGUGCGGAGGAUGAAGAAUCAAGAUUUUCCAUUAUCCCUGUGCCUCAACUCUUUAUCCGAACCUCCGAUUGUGUUCGCGCGGCCCAUGCUCAACGAGAUUCCUGGCCGUACGUUUAAGUGCCUGUUCGAGUUAGCCAACCCUACAUUUCCAGGCACGCUGGAUAGAUUCCAAUCUUGUCUGACUCCCAUUCAAGAGUACACGGAAAUGUUGAUGAAAAUGGAGAAGAAAGAUGGUUCUACUCAGACUAGAAACAAUAUUGGCCCGUGUCGUGUCCACUCGUGUCGUGGCUAUGUGAGGUCAAAUGCUUUUCAGUCCAGAGAUAGUCACAAACUAUGUCGAGCUGCAAACAUGAAUAACACUGAACUACUGGAGCAAUUUCUCAAGAACGGUGUUAAUCCAAAUUGUUGGGACAGUAGAAAACGUACACCCUUACAUUUGGCUGCAAGCAAAGGAUAUGCAGAGGCUGUGGGAUUGUUAUUGAAGUACGGUGCCAAUCCAAAUAUUAAAGAUGCUUUGGGAAACAAUCCAUUGCAUUUGGCUGCUUGUACACAUCACAUGGAUGUAGUAACAUUACUCUUAAAAGGAGGAACAGAUGUAAGUAGCUGUGAUGCCCAAGGCCGAAGUCCUCUACACUUGGCCCAAUCAAAAUUACGUCUAUUAACUCAUUGCAAAAGUAAUGUUUGCACAUCAGUCAAACAGACAGUAUUACAGGUAAUUGAAAUGCUGCUAGCGUAUUUUGACAAAAAAAACAGCUCAGAUGAAGCAGAACUGUUGAAUGCCUUUCAAACUAGAUUACAAAUAUCAGACACAGGUGAAAGGGUUAGCACUGAAAUUCAAGACCUUUUAAACAAUUUAUCAACAUUAAAACUAAAUAAAUAAGCCUGAAAUCAUUAAAAAAAAUUUUUUUAGAUUGAUACAAUUUUAUAUUUAUAUUAUAUAUUAUAGGUUAAUACUGUCUUAUGGAAUUAUUACUUUUUUCAAUUAAAUUUGUGAACUAUAUGCUAAUUAGUUAAUAUUAUAAUUUGAAAUCUUAUAAUAUUAUUGAGCUAUACAUUGAUUGUAGAUAUUAGUAAUUAUAAUCAAUGGAUAUUCAUUUUUUGGGAGAAUAAUCUUUGAAACAAUGAAAUAUGAAUCUGCUGAAAGUGUAAAAACCCGUUGUUAUAACCUGUCCAUUUCAUCUUGGCAUUCGGGAACUGUUGCAAUUUAAAAAAACAAAGCAGUUGUUGAAAUCUAUAUUAUAAUGAAAAAAUAUCAUAAUUCCACGGACUAAGAUAGAGAUCAUGAUAUUUUAUAAUAAAAUAUAUACCAAGCUAAGUGCCACUAAUGGGUGGCUUCUUAUUCAAGAAAUCCAAGUUAUGUAACUUUUAUUUUAUAUUUUUAUUGUGCUUAAUUGUAUAGAUUGUGUAUGUGCAUUUGUGAAAUGAAAAAUAUAGUUUAGUUUUUGGAUUGCUGUUUUUUUUAAAAAAAAAUUUACACAAAAACAGUUGAUACCAAGAUGAACUGGAUAGGUUAUAUUUAGUAAAUUAAUUUUAUUUAUUAUGAAUGAUAUAUUCCGAGAAAAAUAUUUAAUUUUGAUUUAUUAAAAUAUUUUUUUUGUUAUACUUUAAGACUAAUUAAGUAAUAACACUUUAAAAUCAUCAUUAUAAUAACAAAAAAUAUAAUAUGUUCAUAAUUUUAUAUUGUAACAUGUUAUAUUAGUUUUAGACGUUUUAGUUAUUAAGGAGAUCCUGUCCCGCUGUGUGGUCUCUGUCUUACAAAAGUAAAACAUAACAAAUAUGUGUUCGUAGUGACUUUUAAUAACAGAGUGAAUAAGUAGUAAAAUAUUGUUAUGUAAAAAUGUUCAUUAUUCAAAAUAUUGUAGAAAACCAACUUACAAACAGUUAAUAUUCUCUCCUUUAAAUUUAAUAAUUGAUCUCUAUAUUAAUUCACUUUUAUAUAUAAGCUAACAACACUAAAAAGGGUUUUUUUCUGGAAUGUAAAUUUAUUUUGUUAGACUUGGACAACACAUACAGGUACGGCGUUCUGUCAAGAAACCAACUGACUUAAAUAAUAAUUUUUUUGAAAUAGUCUUAAGCCUUAAAAAUAAUUUUUAUAAGUUAAUUCCAAAUCAUGUUAUAACUUAAGUUGUAACAUGUUUAUUAUACGUGAUGGUUUUACUUUCACUUUAUAUUGGCAACUUGGUUUCUUUUUAACUUAAAUUGACUAUAUGACUUUGAAUACUGGGUUAGGUGAUUAAUCAUUAAAAAUAAUUUUGAUGACAUUUAAAAUUGCUAUCAUUUAGUCAAUUUUCAUUCUAGUUUUACUGAGCAUGUGUGUAAAGACUAGAGGGUUAAAAAUUUGUAAUGCACUAACAAAUAAGUAUUUAGCUUAUUAAAAAAUUAAUGAUUUAAUCAAACUUAAUUUGGCCUAGAAAUAGAGUGUUCCCUAAAUCAGUAAGCACAUAGUAUAUAUUUUAACAAUGACUGCAUUUCAUUCAAUACACAUUUGUUUCAUACUAAAUAAGUUAUUUAUUUAAAAAGCAAUCGAUAUUAAAGUAGUUAUAACCUAUACCAUAAAAUUAUUUUGUACCUGGCAUACAGAGGCCUUAACAUUUUAUAGAUUAAAACUGAUUAAGUCUAAUAUUUGCAAACUAUGUUUACGGUUAUGCGAAUAUAUUUGGUGUGAUAGAAUUUUUAAUUAUGUAGUUAUACUCAUGGUGAUUAAACUGAUGUAAUAUUUUAAUUAACUGCUGCAGGUCAAAUAUUUUUACUAAACAUUUUAUAAGCUUUUACCUAAUAAAUAUGUACAGAGUGAUUCUUUUAUCGUAACACCAGGCAAUAUCAUAGGAAAUAUAAGGAAUAAAAAUGUUUCUUUGUUAUUUUAAGAAUAAAUACUGAUAAUCUUAGAAAAAUGUAAAAUAUUAUAUCAUCUAAUAUUUAUAACUUUUUGUGGAUUUUGCCGAUUAUUUGUAUUGUAUUGUUAAUUAAUUAUGGUGGUGAUUUUUUUUUAUGUUUAAAUUUGUAUGUUAUUUGAUUAUUAAUUUAUUUUGAAAUUUUACAUUGUUUUAACUUGUAAAUAUUUGAAUUUGUAGAAACAUUAAAAAUAAAGAUAAAAAAAAAUUAUUUUUCUA